UCAUGCCUACGAUCGCAGCCAUGUUUGGGUUAUUUCGCCUUCUCCAAGUCUGGACGCUUCUGUCCACAGCGGCAGGAACUGACUGCACCACUGAAACAAGUGUAUGCUAUGAGGGGUCAGAUUUAGCCAUCACUUUGGAUGUUAAUUCUGUAAGACAAGGCUGUCAAGAAGUUGGCAAUGCGGCUGCCUGUUGCAGCUUAUGCGCAACAUACUGGCCUCAAUGCAUUUCUUGGCAAUACAUCAUUGAGGGGACGGCUGAGAACGGCUACAACGGCAUGAGUUUUUAUUGCUGCCUCAAAAGCACAUUUCGGCCAAGCCCUUUGUCUGCAGCAUAUUGUUCAUCUGGAUAUUUUAAUCCGCAGUGCACCUUGACUUCAGCGUGCAGCUUUGACAUUACAGGCACAAGCCUCACAGACGCAUCCACCGUGGCGGUAGAGACAGGCAGCGCCUGUGGGGAUGCAGGUUAUAGCCUUGAGACAUGGGCUGGAAUCAGCAACCCAGAAAAUGCCACGUCCUAUGCCGAUCCCACUGCAACCUUUGACCUUGGAACUGCUUCUGGUGGCAACGUGGGUGACUACUUGCUUUGUCAUGGCUCUUCCAUUGAUGCAGAUGACUUUCUGGACCAGGUGGGCACCUUUACCAUGAAGGGCCCUUCGAGUGGCCAAGCAUUUGACUGCACACUGGGAGUGGACUGUAUCUUGACACUGGCGGGCUUCAGCCAGUCGGCCUCACCAGCAAACUACCAGGUGGUCAUUACUUCUGGGAGCUGUGGCAGUGGACUCACCGCUGCCAGCGCUGCCAGCUUUUCCGGUUCCUUUGAGAACCCCAGAAUCGUUUGGGAUAACAACGAUGACAACUACUACGAGAUGAAGACCGGCACUGAAGCUGAUACAACCAUAACAUACUCGGUGUGUUGGGCCGCAAAUCCGGCAUCCUUAGAUGAGUACAUUUUCCUGGUGGGCACUUUCACCAUGAACGGCCCUACCACAGGGAUGUCGCACGCCUGUACUUUGGGCCAGACCUGUGUCAUCACCUUGACAGGGGCAGGGUUUACACAAACUCAGGCGGUGUUAGCCGCGGUCGGUGCCAAUGGCGUUUGUGCCCUUUUGGUUGAUGAAUUGGUGGCAGCCUUUGGGGCCAGCUUUAUACACCCCACUGUGGCACAGGCCUCUCCAUACACCGACUAUUCCUUUGGAACUGCCCUGAGUGCUCACAACAAUCUGCCCGGUGACGGAUACCGUGUGUGUUGGUCAUCCUCACCAUCAUCCACACCACCAUUGAAGACCAAUGCGGACUAUGCCAUUGACGCUGGACUCUUCACAUUACAUGGUCCUGUUCAGAGCAACCAUGAGUGUGUCUUGACCCUUCCGUGUGAGAUCACCUUGACGGGGUCAGGCUUCAGUCUUGGCUCCCAUGGGCUACUGUUGCUGGAAGAGGGGGCCUCCUGUGGCACUACCACAACUGUCGCCGAUGCGACAGGGUCCUCGUGGACAAAUCCAGCAAAUGCGUCUGUUGACACAUUUUCAUUUGGCACCUCGACGCAGGGUGUCGCCAGCAGCAGUUACAUUAUUUGUUGGGCUUUUCAGCCCUCCAAUCAUAGUGACUACAAUGUCUAUGUGGGAACCUUUCAAUUGGGUGGUCCAAAUGUUCUGAGUGGUUCUUCCUGCGUCAAGGGAGAAAACUGCAUCAUCACCUUGACUGGCAUUGGCUUCGCCAAUACCAACAAGAUUUUAGUCAUAGACACCAGCAGUUCUUGCGGCGCCUCUGCGGUUGCAGCAACUUUCAGUCCUAUGACAGUUGAGACGCUGGUUCAAGAUGGUACAUUUACAGAAUACCAAUUUGGCCAGCCGAACACCGGAACUGCACAGUCUGGAUACACACUAUGUUGGUCCGCCAGUCCAAGCUCCACUGCAGAUUUCACACUGACACUGGGCCAAAUGUCAGUGACAGGGCCAAAUGAACAAAAUGUGGCAUGUACCUUUGGCCUUUCUUGCGUCCUGCAGCUGGUGGGCUUCCAACUGGAAAGCACAAACAAGAUGAUUGUGCUUUCUGCCGGGGAGUGUGGCGACAAUGCGCCGACACUUUCCUCAGUCACUGGCAUGCUGAAUGCCAUUACCGUCACAAGCCAAUCGCCAUAUGACAGCUACGACCUAGGUACACCUUUGGCCGGACAGCCGCGCACAGACUACAAACUUUGCUGGUCGAGUGCGGCGGCUGACGGUGCAGGUGCUUCGUUCUACAGGGUGCCUACGGGUCUUCUUACGUUGAAUGGCCCUGUUCAGGUCUCACAACUUUGUACCAUGUCACUGGAUUGUGUGAUUACUUUGACAGGUGUCGGUCUUCAAUCAUCCAAUCAGCUCCUGCUGAUUGAUGCUGAUGGUUCAUGUGGUGAUGCAACCCCCUUGACGGCCACCUUUGAUGGCUUGACCAACCCGAGUAGCCCUUCUUCUGGUGAUGUGGCGGUGUAUAACCUGGGCAUUGCGCGCACCACAUCGGAUGGGCCAGGCAGCGGCUACAAGGUAUGUUGGGGACACAACGGUGGCGUGGACUACUGGAACAUCGAGCUUGGAACCUUCCAAAUUGACGGACCAGACGCACAGGGCACACCAGUGACUUGCACCAUGGGCUUGAGCUGCAGCAUCCAGGUGACUGGCGUAAAUCUGGCUGCUACCAACCAGAUUGCUGUCACUGCACUAUCUGACACUUGUGGGCAGGCAACCUUGAACUUGGCAGUGUUUCCAGGCGCUACCAAUCCUGCCACCGCAUCUGGAAGCUUUGAUACUUUUGAGUUAGGAAUUCCUACAGGUGGAGUGCCAGGUGACUACAAGGUUUGCUGGGGCUAUUCACCAGCCAUACACACGGAUUACCAUGUACCAGUUGUAACUCUGCGAAUGGGUGGGCCUGUUGCAAGGGACAGUGACUGCACUUUGAGUGAGCCUUGCAAGAUUGACGUGGAAGGAGUGCGACUAGCACAUACCAGCAAGCUCCUCUUCAUUUCACAGGCCAGCAGUUGCGGAGAUUCUUCUCCGACAGUCAUCUCGUGGAGUGGCUUCAACAAUCCCGCAAGCACCGACUUGUUGUCGCCACCGGCUGAUCCUGGAUAUGUCUAUGCCAACGGGGACCGUUACGACGGAGGGAUUGGCUUUGCUGGAGUGCCAUCGACUGCCUAUAGGGUGUGCUGGGGCUUUGAUCCCACAGGUGGAUAUCAGGACUACAAAGUGACUCUUGGGAACUUUGUUAUGAACGGCCCCUUUCAAGGCAUGUCUGUUGCAUGCAUCCUUGGAACCUCUUGCGUUGUGGAGCCUACAGGCGUGGGUUUGAAUGACACUAACCAACUUCAAGUGGUGGCAGGUUCUGAGUUGUGUGGCUCUGCCAGCAUUGAAGCAGCCACCAUUCAGGGGCUCACCAGUCCAAUAUUGGUAGCAGAUGGCAAGUUCACCCUGGGUGCUGCUGUGGUGGGUGGCAGCUAUGCAGAAUGUCGGGUCCCAAGCCCUGCAGCCAGUUGCAUCGGGACGCACUAUCGCUUGUGCUGGUCUCAUGGCAUCCACGAUGGCGGAGCCAACUAUGUCGUGGAGCUGGGGACUUUCAGCAUGAGUGGGCCCUUUGGCACAUAUCGUGUGGACUGCACCAUGGGAUCCAUUUGUAGCUUUACACUCUAUGGCUCAAAUCUGGCGCUCACCAACAGGGUCAUGGUGCUAGAGGAAACCAGCACCUGUGGCGAUGCUGCUCCAGUGAAAGCUUCCUUUGCCGGCUUACUGAACCCUGGACUCUUCAGCCAAAUUGCGGUCGAUGGUUCUUCUGCGACUGUGAGGCUUGGUAAAUCUCAUGCUGGUCGUCCUGGCUCUUUUAGACUCUGUUGGGGCUUCAAUCCAUUGGUCGAUUCAGAUUAUGUGGUGGAUGUCGGGAUGUUCUAUUUCCAUGACGUGCCAGAGGGUUGUACUCCUGGAGCAUUUGGGCCUACUUGCUCAGUCCCGCGUUGAGCCUAGUUGGAAGAAAGCCUGGCUCCGCAAUGUCACAAAAUGGACGUUAAUGCUAUCAACCUUUGGUGGCAGACUGCGUGCAAAGUCACCAUGGGAUUCCAAUGAGAAUCCAGUCAUUCACCUUGUUAAGCAAGGCCAAGUGAAAGGCCAAAGGAUGAGGGUUUCAAAA